AUGCAUACUGGUAAAUGGUGGUGGGAUACCCAGAAAAAGCUUGAUCAGCGCGAACCAGGUGCAACCAUCAUUCCGAUUAUUAUUUCAAGUGACAAGACUCAGGUAACAAUGUUCCGGAAUAAAACAGCCUACCCAGUCUACCUUACUAUUGGCAAUAUUCCGAAGGAAAUUCGCCGAAAGCCAUCUCACCGUGCCCAUAUUCUUCUCGCUUAUCUUCCUACUACCCGUCUCGAGCACAUCACCAACAAGGCUUCGCGUCGCCGAACCAUCGCAAACCUAUAUCACGCCUGCAUGGGCCGUAUCUUGGCACCACUGAAGGAAGCUGGCUUGGAUGGUAUUGUCAUGAAAAGUGGAGAUGGUGUCCUGCGUCGUGGUCAUCCCUUGUUUUCUUGCUUCGUCGGUGAUUAUCCUGAGCAAGUCUUGGCUGCAGGAGUCAAAGCCACGGAAUGUCCCAAAUGU